CUCAUAGUACAAUAUUCAGUCAGUUGUAUAUCGGGGUGUUAUCAAGCAGUGUAUUUUUCUUGCUUGAUAUUGUUUAUUGGUUGUGCGUCAUAACUCCAUUAAAAAAUUUGCUUAAAAAAGUUUAGGAGACCAUUGAAUGAGUUUACGAAGUGAUCAUAUUACUUAUGUAGAUCCAUAGACAAAGUACAUUAUAUAGAUUGCGCAUCUUAUAAAAGACCUCGUUUUUAUAAAAAUUUUAAUCGCUUAUUUAAGGUUUAUUACGCACAUUUUUCAUACAAAAUUUCUACAAUAAACCUUUAAUAACUUCAUUAUGUAUGAAUAUGGGGAAAGAAUAUGUGUACAUUAUAACAAACCGCACAUCGAAAUGCGCAAUCUAUAUUACACUUCCCUACGUACAUAUGUAUGUAUGUAGUAUAUGUAUACUUUUUGGCAUUACUCAUGAUAACUAAAGUACCAGAGCUGUAAAUGAAUCAUUCAUUUUUGAAUUAACUCGUGAAUUAAUAGUGAAUUGAAUUAGUCCAUAACUGACCAUAUAUCAGCCGUAUAAGGCUCAUUUAUAAAGGGACAAAAUUCAAAACGGAUAUAUUUUGUACAUAAAAAACAAACCAUAAUUGAUUAUAUACAAAGUCCACUUCUAAAAAAUUACUUAAUCGUAAAUAACUCAUAAAAUAAUAAUGAUUACUGAUGUAUAUAUAAACAAAUAAUAUUUUUAAUUUAUUUGGGAUCGAUCCAUAAUUCCAACCAGAUUCUAAUUGCUGACCAGUCCGCGAGAUUAUACAAACGAAUUGGUUAUGUCAUAUUUUCAACUAGACCAGAAGUAAAACAAAUAUCUACAUGAAUUGAAGAUCUAAAAAAUGAAGUCAUUAUUGAAGAGAGCAUUUCCAAAGCAUAAUAUUACAAUGUCUCAGAAGAAAUCCGUUGAAUCCCAUCCUAAUGAAGAAAUCGUAGAAAAAAUACCCAACGAUAGCGAAGACUUAAACUAUUUCAAAAUACUUCCUGUGGAAAUUUUACAUAAAAUAUUUAAUUUGUGUGAAUUGCGCGAUCAACUAAUAUUGGCGAAAGUUUCGAAACAUUGUCGAGAUAUUAUUGCAGCAAUUUACAAAACAAAAUAUAAAUUUAUGUACUGUAACUAUUUUAAAGAUUAUAGUAAAUUAAAGGAUCAGGAACUAAUCGAGUUCUUUAGACUAUGCGGAGAUUUUGUCGAAUGUUUACAUUUGGUAACGCAUUUUUCUUCGCGUUUCUGUGGCGAAGAUCCAAAGAUAUAUGAGAACUAUUUACAUUUUCACAAAUUGUUUACACAUUGUAUACGGUACUUUAAGAAUCUAUGUGAGUUAAAAAUUUACGGAAAUGCAUUUCCAGAUUCAACAAUACUGGAAUUAGCUAAACAUUGCAAAAAAUUGAAAUCAAUAACUUUUACGACAAUGGAAAAUGGUUUAUUUCAAGGCAAACAUCUUCACCAAUUGGAAGCUAUAGAAAACUUGAAUUUAAAAUUUUGUCAUCGUUUAGAUCCUAAACAUCUGUUGGCAGUAAGUCAAAAGAGACAUUUGAAAAUGUUAAAUUUAUUGGGAUGUUAUAGACUUUCCGAAAUGUCCCCAAUUUUACAAUUGUGCAAUCAUUGGCGUUAUUUGGAGACUUUAGUUUUAUUUGCUAUCACAAGUGACAAACAAUUUCUUAAGGCCAUUAUUGAUUUGCCCUCGUUAAAAUCUCUACAAUUUAACUGGGUCGAUAUAAGCCCCGUGAGGCCAGUGUUGAAUUUUGAAGAAAACUUUUUCUUAACACUUUCUGAGCAUCAAUACAAAUCGGAAAAACUGAAAUACAUAAAAUUUACAAAUGAACAAACUUAUUCGCACUGUAUGAUAGAAAAAUGCUCGCAAAAAGAAUAUGCUAAAAUGAAAGAAAGUUUACAUGCCAGACUACCGUUUGAGCAUUGGUCCAUGGAAAAAUUCAAUUUGAUAUCUUUGACAUUAAAAAGUUUUAAAAAUUUACAUACAAUUAACUUCCAUUAUUGGCGACCCUUAUCUAAUGAACAGUUAAUAAAUUUAGUGAAAAUGAAUUCCAAUCUACAAUUUAUCAAAAUUGAUGGUUGUCCUGAAGCUGGAGACAUUGACCUUAAGAACCAAUGGAUGGAUCCGAAAUGUAAAUUACAAUUGGAAAGUAUUCUAACGCUGGAUGAAGUUAAGAAUAUAUAUGAUAAUGUUGUAAAACGUACCGACCAUGCCGGAAGAGAACGAAGCAUUUGUUGUCACUUUGAAUAACUGCUUCAAGAGAAUGUUGAGAAUUAUUUCGUUUUUCGAUAUCUCGAAGAAAUAUAAAUAAAGUUGUUCUCAUACUGUUAAAUCGUCUCAAAUAUGACCAAAAACUUUUAACUUUAAUUAAUGUUAUAUGUUAAAUGUAUUGUAUUUUUGUAAUAUCAAAUAAAAAUUUCGUAAAAUUGAA